AUGUCUCCUUCCUGCAAACUCUGCCACGGUCCCCUCGCUUCUACCCCCGCAGCAAACGAAGUCCACUGUCAUGCCAACUGCCUUCCAUUCGCCUGUCCAGGAUGUGUCAAAUCCAAUAAAUCAUCCUACACUAUUAUCAAUCUCAAGAAUCACAUAUACGAUUAUCAAUGUUCCGAAUGUAUGGCCGAGAACGAAAAUCACCAAGGUAAACUUACCACGGGUGUAUUGAAGGCUCAUACUACUCCCGAUGGACAUGCUAUUUUUUAA